AUGGCGACCUCCGCAGGCGCACCCUCGUUUGACGAUAUCAUUCAAGCAGACAGACAGCGACGGAAAAAUGAGCAGCUCGCAAUCGAGAUAUUUAGUAAGAACCGACGCUCUACGGGAGCUGGCAAUGCUGCGAGGAAGAACAACCAAACCACAAGUCUUGCAAGCAGAGUCGGAAUAGGAAAGCGUUCGUCCAGUACAAGCGUACCCUCAUCAAAAGCAAAUCCUUUUGGUCAACCAAAGCCUCCUUCGCGACCCUCCUCAGCCGCGGCGCAACAUGCGCGUGCCAAUAGAUUGGCUUCCGCCGUCAAUAAUACUGAACAAGCUAACAUUUUGCCCUCCCCACAAGCUCCAAAGGCUCAGUCAGGGUCCGGUCUCAGCAUCAGAGGAACAGCAGGUCCAUUUGUGGUGCAAGCAAGUAACUUUGCUCCUGGAACGACAGCCGCCGACAUAGAAGCAGCAAUGCAUACUGUGGCAAUUGACGCUACUGGGAACAGUGGACUGGUGACCUGUCGAAUUCUGACAAACAACCCGACGGUGAUGGCUGAGAUGAUCUUUUCUGAACGAUACAUUGCAGACAAGGUGGUUGAGACAUUCAACAACGAAAAAGCGGAUGGCAGAAUCUUGCAUGUAUAUCAUAAGCAUGGUGGUCCUUCUCCAGCGGUACGGCGAAAGAGGAAUGAGCCCGCCGUUCCAGUCCCGGAUACAACACCUGCUAGUGGACCUAAGGAACUGUUUGACGUCAAGGUCAGUAAGGCUGAGGACGUUGACAUGGAUACGGAGUCACCAUACAACAAUGCUCGUGAAGUGGCAGAUCAAGACCGACGAAGUCGUGAAGAGCGGCGAGCAGACUCAAACAUCCAAGAUGGAAGGUUUGGCUUCACCAAUGGACGGGACAGAGACCAAGUCCAAGAGAAGCCACGGGAGGCAUUGCCCCCUGGUGAUGGUGCAGACCAGCGGAUGGAUGAUGAACCUAUGGUCAUGAGACGGGACGAACCGAGAGAAAGAAGAUAUGAUAGUCGCUAUAGUGACAGAAGGGAUGACAGGGGCUCAUAUCGAAGGGAAAACAGGUAUGAUGGAUAUCGUCGAGAUGACCGACCCUCACACUAUGGAAACGGCGUAGGUGGCAGUGGGUACCGUGGUGGUGAUAGCUACGGUAGAAUGUACAGCGAUGACAUGAUGAGAGGGCCGCCAAGAGGAAGCAGGGGUGGUGGACCAAGGGGUGGCUACAGAUGA